AUGGAUUCUGUAGCCAGGGAGCUCCAUGCUCAAGUCGACCGGCUUCAUCACGAGCUUCAAACCUUGAAAGUACAACAUCACAGUGGAGACGAGGAGCUUAUCACCAUCUCUGAUUACAUUUUGAAGAGAUUGGAACAGCUCAACGUGACGUCCAUUUUCGGAGUUCCGGGGGAUUUCAACAUGCCUUUCCUGGACUUUAUCGAAGACCAUCCCACGAUCGAAUGGAUCGGGAACUGUAACGAGUUGAACGCGGCUUACGCGGCCGAUGGCUACGCCCGCGUGAAAGAGCAUAGCAUAGGUGUGCUUGUGACAACGUUCGGCGUCGGUGAACUAAGCGCAAUAAACGGGGUUGCAGGCGCGUUCUCUGAAAUGGUCCCUGUACUUCAUAUUGUCGGAGUGCCUAGCACUACGCAGUUGAAGAAUAAGCCUUUGCUUCAUCACACGCUUGGCAAUGGAAAAUUCGACGUAUAUACGAAAGCUGCGGAACAGAUCACCGUUGCUCAGGCCAUCAUUAUGAAUAAAACGCGAGCUGCAGCCGAAAUUGAUCGAGUCCUCACGGAGUGCAUUGUUCAUGCUCGCCCGGUUUACCUCACACUACCGAUGGAUCUCACCACUGAAAAAAUCCCUGCGAAGCGUUUGAAGGUCGAACUCUCGCGGACGCCUCCUCCUAAUGACCCAGACAUUGAGAACUAUGUCCUCGACGAGAUUAUGGAGCUCGUGGAUAAUGCUGAACAAGAUAUUGUUGUCCUCGUGGAUGCUUGCGCUAUUCGUCACGACGUGCGGCAGGAAGUCAACGACCUUCUCGUCAAGACGCAGUUCCCUGUAUAUGCAGCGCCGAUGGGUAAGACGGCGGUGAACGAGGAGCAUGAACGAUAUGGCGGUAUGUACAUCGGUUCGAUCACGCAUCCGGCCAUCAAGGAGAAGGUCGAAAACGCAAAGCUUAUCCUCUCGGUUGGCGCAUUGAAGUCAGACUUCAACACGGGAAUGUUCACGUACCGUAUUCCGGAAACGCACACCAUAGAGCUGCACUCUGACUAUACACGUGUUCGCUACGCACAAUUCCCGGGUAUAGGAAUGAAGUGGCUUCUCCCGAAGCUCACGGAAAGGCUGAGGAAAUGUCAGGAGGGUGCAUCACAAAUCCCUGUUCCGCGCUACAAGCUAGAUGUCCCAAAGGAGAGCGACGACAGGAUUUCUCAUACUUAUUUCUGGCCUCGAGUAGGCAAAUUCUUCCGGAAGCAGGAUGUCAUCGUCGCUGAGACUGGGACUUCAAACUUUGGGAUUAUGGAGGUUCCAUUGCCCGACAAGUCCAUUUUCGUUAGCCAGAUCUUGUAUGGAAGCAUUGGCUGGGCAACUGCUAGCACACUCGGUGCAGCUCUUGCAGCCCGCGACAGAUGUCUUGGGCGCACCAUCUUAUUCACUGGCGAUGGUAGCAUGCAACUGACUGUGCAAGAGAUUUCAACCAUGACGCAUCAUAAGUUGACGCCAAUUAUCUUCGUGCUGAAUAACAAGGGCUACAACAUCGAGAGGCACUUGCACGGCUUGGACAGGAAGUAUAACGACAUCGUAGACUGGGAAUGGACCUCCCUCCUCACCACUCUCGGUGACAUUGAGGGCAAGUUAUCACAGUCAUACACAGUCCGCAGCAAGUCGGAGCUCAACAAGCUCCUCGAUGAUGAAGAAUUUGCGAGUGCACGGAAGAUACAGCUUGUUGAAGUAAUCAUGGACAAGUAUGACACACCCCGUGCGUUGCAAGCAGCUGCGGACUUGUCUGCAAAGAUAGCGGCGGGUCAACUUUGA